ACUAGUGUUUUUGGUGUCUUGUAUCAAAUAAAAUGAACUUGAGAUUUCAAUGACAUUGUUUGGUAUUGUUUGGUUUUGCUACUUUGGAAUCUGAUUUUCAUAAUUUUGCUUAUGUUUGGUGUAAUAUGGAAUGAAAUGGACUAUAAUUGCUAUAAUUGCUUUAAUUUUGCUCUGUUAUGUUAUUUGUUUAUUUUUCACUUUUGUUCCACAAGUUUGGUCAUAAAAGAGAGAUCUUCAUUUUACAAUUUCGACUAGUGUUUUUGGUGUCUUGUAUCAAAUAAAAUGAACUUGAGAUUUCAAUGACAUUGUUUGGUAUUGUUUGGUUUUGCUACUUUGGAAUCUGAUUUUCAUAAUUUUGCUUAUGUUUGGUGUAAUAUGGAAUGAAAUGGACUAUAAUUGCUAUAAUUGCUUUAAUUUUGCUCUGUUAUGUUAUUUGUUUAUUUUUCACUUUUGUUCCACAAGUUUGGUCAUAAAAGAGAGAUCUUCAUUUUACAAUUUCGACUAGUGUUUUUGGUGUCUUGUAUCAAAUAAAAUGAACUUGAGAUUUCAAUGACAUUGUUUGGUAUUGUUUGGUUUUGCUACUUUGGAAUCUGAUUUUCAUAAUUUUGCUUAUGUUUGGUGUAAUAUGGAAUGAAAUGGACUAUAAUUGCUAUAAUUGCUUUAAUUUUGCUCUGUUAUGUUAUUUGUUUAUUUUUCACUUUUGUUCCACAAGUUUGGUCAUAAAAGAGAGAUCUUCAUUUUACAAUUUCGACUAGUGUUUUUGGUGUCUUGUAUCAAAUAAAAUGAACUUGAGAUUUCAAUGACAUUGUUUGGUAUUGUUUGGUUUUGCUACUUUGGAAUCUGAUUUUCAUAAUUUUGCUUAUGUUUGGUGUAAUAUGGAAUGAAAUGGACUAUAAUUGCUAUAAUUGCUUUAAUUUUGCUCUGUUAUGUUAUUUGUUUAUUUUUCACUUUUGUUCCACAAGUUUGGUCAUAAAAGAGAGAUCUUCAUUUUACAAUUUCGACUAGUGUUUUUGGUGUCUUGUAUCAAAUAAAAUGAACUUGAGAUUUCAAUGACAUUGUUUGGUAUUGUUUGGUUUUGCUACUUUGGAAUCUGAUUUUCAUAAUUUUGCUUAUGUUUGGUGUAAUAUGGAAUGAAAUGGACUAUAAUUGCUAUAAUUGCUUUAAUUUUGCUUAUGUUUGGUGUUUCAUAAUUUUGUGUUUUAGGCAUAUAUAAGGAAACUUUGUUCAUAAGGUUUGAUAGAACUAGAGUUUGUCAUAGUUUUAUGUAUAUCAUUUCACACCUAGAUUCAAUUAGCAAAGAUUCUGAAGAAGCAAAAAAAUAGCAAGGGGAGUUUAAUGUGUAUUUUGCUGGGAAAUAAUUUGAGAGAAGUGAGUGGAUCUAUAAGUGACACCGAAAAAACUUGAAUGGUGUAGACUGUAUUGUUUUAGACUAGCACAAUACAUUGAUCUAUAAGUGAGUGGAUGUAUACAUAUUACCCCUACUCUCUUUGUUGUGUCGUGCUUAGUAUCUAAUCUUUUAUUAAAUGUCUUGUUUCUCAAAUAAUAUUGUCAUUUUCUACAAGUGCAUAUCUUGAGUUUUAGAUCACUUUUUUGUUUUAUUAUUAAAUUAUUCUAGCUUAAGAAAGUUUGAAAUCAUUCAUGCCUUGAUGAUUUAUUUUGGCUUCUACAAGGGAUAAAAGAUGGAAAUGCUGAAACACUCUAUCCUAGAUCAUCCUUUGCCAUCAAUUGUACUGGUGAUGUCUGCAAAGGAGAUGUUGUUUUGUUUACACAGAAAGUAUACAAGAAGUUUAUAUCCAAACAGGUUUGGAAAGAGAACUAUUGUUGGGAGAGUUGUUAAGGAAAGCUAUGGUGCUGCCAAACAACAACAUACAUUUACACAUGAGGUGACAUUGGAUGAAAUUUCAACAUUAUGCUGUUUGAAAGAUGGAUACCCUUGUUAUGGUUAUAAUAUUGUUAUCUUCACUCUAUUUAUCCUUGUUUCUAUGAUCGACAUACUUGGGGAUCCAAAUAUUCAGGUUUUAUUUCAAAUGCACUUAGUACUCUGCUGACGAAAAGGUAAGGUCAUUUAUGCUAGUUCAUUAUUUCAACCUUUUGGGUGUAAAUGCAUUUUGUGUAGGCCUCGAACAAUGAA